AUGAAUAUGGACACGAAGAGGCUACCGACAAAACGCUCAAAAGAUGAGGACAUAGUAACUAGUUUCAUCGCCAAGGAGAAACCUAGAAGUCAUCGUCAUCGAUCCCCGACGAAAAGAAGAUAUCUGAUCAAUAUGAGCCAGCUAGAAAAAUGUUUCGAGAAGUUUGCAAUAAUCGAUCAUGAUGACUACUACUCUCACAAUGAAGUGUCUUCCAAGGAGGAACCAGAACAGACUCAAUUGCUCAAGCAUGUUGAUGAAUUUCACCAAACGAAGAAAUUGUUUUUCAUGUCCCCAUCGCUUAUAUUGUGUCAAUUACAAAAACAGUAUAACGCGCUUAACGAUAGAAUUUUAAGAUUUCCAGAUAAGGAUUCAACCGUUGAUGAGUUACUGCAAAUGAGCAGGCUAACGAUCACAGACCGACCAAGGCAUAACUCAAAAUUUGUCAUGAAAAAAUCAUUAACUAUCACAGAAUAUAAUCGACUUUCUGUUGACGUGAAGUUCAAAAUUUGCCUAAACUUCAUCAGAUACAACAUCUUCAAGAAAUUCAUCCUUGAUGGGGCUGAAAGCUUUAGCGUGGAUGAUUUCAACAAUAUUAAAAACGUACUCUUUUAUCAGAUCUUUAAAAGGUUUGAAAAAUACUAUAAAGUCGAAAAUAGAUAUCUAGGCUCUAUGAAUGUUUCAUUAGAAGACAAAUUGAAAGUGAUUAAAGCAGUGGAGAAUGUGUAUUUGGGUAAAUAUGAUCAUGGGUAUAUACAGGUUGAGGAUAGAAUGCUUACAGACUUAUAUCAAUAG